UUUGUUCACUCAGCAGGCAAGCAGGGCAAAUCCCCCUUCUCAUAGCAAAGUGAGGUCGAUUGCUGUCGAUUGGCACACGACCUGUCAAGCGGUAUUAUCGUCAUAGCGUGCGGGUAUCGAAUGUUGCCCCCGAGACCGUGAAGCUUGCCUCCGGUUGUCACACAGCGCGUCAAGUAAUUAUAAGAAGCCAGCCAGAGCGCCGGCCACUUUGGAUCAGACGACGCACGGGGUUAGCAUCCUCUCCAGUACCGACGGGUUUCCAAUAAUAAAACAUAAAAAAGGAAAUGGAACACGUCACCAUGGCCGUGACUUCCUCCUCACCUGGUCCCGCCCCGCUUUCCCUUCUCUCCAACAACGAGGACUUCAUUGCUCCCUUCAACAUCAACACCAAGUUCCCAUCCGCCAUUAUCCCUCCAAGGACCUCUUCGAAUCAACCAAUUUCCGUUGCCAUACCCUCUAAUCGGAUCUCUCCUGCCGGUCUAGCUGCAACACAGCAGGCGCAAACCCGUAAACGCAAGGCCUCGGUCGCCCAAAUCAGUCUCCCCAGCAUGCUCCCAACUUCCUUCUCGCCAUACACAAUGGCGCCCCAGCCGCCCCAGCCUCCCCCGAACCCAGACCGAUUUGCGACCGAAGACUUCUUCAGCCCCUCGCGGCGCACCUGGUCCGAAGAGAAGGAGAAGGUUCUGACGGGUCCUUACGACUAUCUCAACGGGCACCCGGGCAAGGACAUCCGAUCGCAGAUGGUCAAGGCCUUCAACGCCUGGCUUGAUGUGCCGUCCGAAAGCCUCGAGGUGAUCACCAAAGUCAUCAGCAUGCUACACACAGCCUCCUUGCUCGUCGACGACGUAGAAGACAACAGCGUCCUGCGCCGCGGCUUCCCCGUCGCCCACUCCAUCUUCGGCAUCCCGCAGACCAUCAACACGUCCAACUACGUGUAUUUCUACGCGCUGCAAGAAUUGCAAAAGCUCAAGAACCCCAAAGCCGUCAGCAUUUUCUCUGAAGAACUGCUCAACCUGCACCGGGGCCAGGGAAUGGACCUCUUCUGGCGUGACACGCUCACCUGCCCGACUGAGGACGACUACCUAGAGAUGGUAUCCAACAAGACAGGCGGUCUGUUCCGCUUGGGAAUCAAGCUGAUGCAGGCCGAGUCGCGGUCGCCGAUGGACUGCGUCCCGCUCGUCAACAUCAUCGGACUGAUCUUCCAGAUCGCCGACGAUUAUCAUAAUCUGUGGAACCGCGAGUACACGGCCAACAAGGGCAUGUGCGAGGACCUGACGGAGGGCAAGUUCAGUUUCCCCGUGAUCCACAGCAUCCGGUCGAACCCGAGCAACAUGCAGCUGCUCAACAUCUUGAAGCAGAAGACGGGGGAUGAGGAGGUGAAAAGGUACGCGGUGGCGUAUAUGGAGAGCACAGGCAGCUUUGAGUACACGCGCAAGGUCAUCAAGGUGCUGGUGGAUAGGGCGAGGCAGAUGACGGAGGAUAUCGAUGAUGGGAGGGGGAAAAGUGGGGGGAUUCAUAAGAUUUUGGAUCGCAUCAUGCUUCAUCAGGAGGAGAAUGUGGCGCAGAAGAAUGGGAAGAAGGAGUGAAUGUGGUGGUUCUUUGUCUUUGUCAUACGCACCCUUUUCAUGUUUUGGUUUGCCAAUUUCUUGUUCGGAUGUCCAUGAGGAUUGAAUGUAUGGGUAAUAAUUCUCCUCUCUGGUCCUAUCGUCCAACGAGCGAUGUGGCCUGGCAUGGAUCAGUCAAGGACAACAUGGUGCUCAACCACAUGGCAUUUGUUCUGGAAUAUUUCUGGUGGUGUUUUUGGGGAUAUCUCGUUUGGGUCAUAUCAAUGAAACGCAGGAAAGCAAGUAAGCCAUCAAGCAUAGCGAAUUUGAAACCCUUGUUUUUUUCCCCCCUUCUACUUCUUCCCUUGACUGACUGAAAGGUUCUUGGUGAUUAAUUGCAAAGGCAACCCUUUUUCGCAUCAAUCACCGCCUUCCCGCAAAACCUAGGAUGC